UCGGGGGGCUCUAGGACCCGGCCGCCGCGCUCGAACCGGCGGGCCCGGGGCGGCCGAGCGGGCAGGGGCUUGAAUGGGAGGCCGGGGCGUCGCGGCGGGAGGCUCGCGCCGCCGUCGCCAGGCAACCGCCCUGACGCAACGCACCAAAGCCUGCCUUCCAAAAGAAUAGUGCCGGGCGUUCUCGGGCGCACGGGCGCAGCGAGGCGGGCGCGCAGAGCGCCGGGGACCUGGCCACGGCGCCACGGGCCUCCGGGCGCCCGCAGAUGCCCACCUCCCUGCACACUCUCCUGUCCUCGUCCUCUCCAUUACAUGCAUGGAUUGCCACUAAAUGACCAGUCCCCACUUCCAUAUCUACCAGCUUGGCUUCCCUCCAAGAGGACUGAAAUAAAUUAAGGCCGUGCCUAUUUGCUGAGAAAAAAGAUCCACGGUGCCCCAGGCCCAUGAGGAGGAAAACCACUUGUCAGGCCACUCACGCGCUGGGGCGGAUGCCUCUUCCCUGUCCCUGCUUUCGCAAGUGCUGUGCCCUGGGGACACCACGACAGGUGUGCAAAUGGAAGCUCUGAAUUCUGUGCAGAGGUGCAGCCGUUAGCACAGGACCCUGCAAACCAAGCUUCCCUGAGCAAAGAUCUCCAGGAGCACACGGGGCCCUCGCUGCCUGCCUUUCCCGGGAGGGCUUCUGGCCCGUCUCUGUUCUGCGCACACCUCCGGGUCGGAUAGAUCUCCUUGGCAGAGGCUGCCUCUCAAGGAUCCUGCCAGUGCGUGUCUGUUCCUGCCCUCUGUGGAGCAUGGCACCCACAGGCCUCCCGGAGGAAUCGUGCCCUCAAACCCUGCAGCUGCUGUGAGAGGAUCCCCCGGACUCGCCCCGCAGUCCCUCUCAGCUCCAGGGGCUGCCCAGCCUCUGAGACCUGCUGCCAUCCCUGCCAUGCCCUCUGGAGCCACGGCCCCAGCUGGAUGAGGCCCUUCCAGAGCAGGACCCCACCUCGUCGCCCAGCAAGCCUCCCACACGGCCCACCACCACCUCCCAGGUCUGGCUGCCAGGGCAGACUACAGAAUGUCUGUGCCUGAGAUCCAAGUGGAAGAAGUGGGUGAGGAAGAAGGGCCGGCAGGGGCCGCCGCGCCUCCUGAUGACCACCUCCGGAGCCUGAAGGCCCUCACCGAGAAGCUGAGGCUGGAGACCCGCAGGCCCUCCUACCUGGAAUGGCAGGCCAGGCUGGAGGAGCAGACAUGGCCCUUCCAGAGGCUGGCCACGGAGGAGAGCGUGGAGCAGGGAGGGGAGCCCCUGCUGCCCCCGAGGGAGCCCAGAGAGCAUCCCCCGCCUGCCGGGAGCACCAGCCAGGGCGACGGUUCCCCUGGCAAGCUGGAAGGCUUCCAGAGUAUCGAUGAGGCUAUAACCUGGCUCAGGAAGGAACUGGCGGAAAUGCGGCUGCAGGACCAGCAGCUGGCCAGGCAGCUCAUGCGCCUGCGGGGCGACAUCAACAAGCUGAAGAUCGAGCAGACCUGCCGCCUGCACAGGAGGAUGCUCAACGAUGCCACCUACGAGCUGGAGGAGCGGGACGAGCUGUCAGACCUCUUCUGUGACUCCCCACUGGCCUCCUCCUUCAGCCUCUCCACGCCGCUCAAGCUGAUUGGGGUCACCAAGAUGAACAUCAACUCCCGGAGGUUCUCGCUCUGCUGAGAGGCCCUGGGAGGGGCAGAGGGCCAGAGCCCACGGGGAGGGAGGGCAGUUACCCGGUGGGGUCUCCUGGGCAGGCCCCCAGGACUGGUGGAGCGUGCUCUCAGGAGCCCCAGCUGCGGACCCCAGUGUCUCCGUGACCCACUCUUGUUCAGCACCCAGAGUGCAGAAGCUCGGUGGGCAGGGUCCCAUGUGCUCCACCUCAGUCCCCCUCUCCACAGCCCACAUUGCUGCGUCCUGGAUAGCUGGUGCUAUGAACUGGGACCCCCAAGGGAGCCCCUCAAGUCUGCUGUUCUUGCAGAAGGCUCUCCCCCGGGGUCAAUUAGAGGCAUCAGACGCACCCAUCUCUCCCUGUUGCCACCCUCCAAGUCCUGGCUCAAAUUCACCCUUGGUAGGUGACCUAGCAGCCUUGACAGGGACCCACCAGGGAAGGAAAACCAGGACGAAGAGCAGAGUGGCACUGGAACGCAGGCUCCCUGGGGAAGCCAGCGCCUGGUGGCACCACGCAGGCUGCUCUCCGUCUUGGGCCUGGGCACUGCCAGGUCAGGUAAAUUGUUGGCGAGUGUGCCGGGACUGUGCUGGGUGGGUGCUUGUGUAGCUGGGCUGGGGUCCUCUUGCCUUCCCUGGCCACACGCAUCACCGACAGCCAGGGGAGUACCCAGGAGGUCGCUGGUGACUGGGCCAGGCCGGUCGGGCACAAAGCACCCAUAACUGAAUUCCCCAGAGGGUAUGCAACAGGGGCCUCCGGGAGCCCAGAAGUCCCCCGAGCCUCCUCUGAGACAGUGCCUGACCUCAAGCUGAUUGUAAUUGACUAAGACUGUCAAACUAAUGUUUUGCUAACGCGUUAACUGUUUGGUUCUCGUCCAAACUGGAAGCCAACUGAGCAGGCCAAGCACAGAGCGUGGGCCUGGCUUUAAGAGUUUCCCGCACACAGCAAGUGUGAAGGUGGGCCAGGUGGAGUGCGUUGGUGAAGUCACCAACCACAUGCCUCAGGGUGUGGCCUGAGGGCAGAAGCUUCGUAGAGGUUUGAUGGCAUCUAGCAGAGUCCUCUCACGAAUAAGGGAGCAAAGCGAAGCUGGGGCAGAAUGACCGCCCUUGGGUCAGUCACACGGCUGUCCGUUGGCCGUAGACUAUGCAGGUGAAUCUGCGUCCGGGCCAGCCAACUUGAACCCCAGAGACAGCUGGUGCUGUGCCAAACCCAUAAACCGCCAACCCCCUGCACUGCCCCACCUAGUCCUCUACCCUAUCCUCCUACUUCUCAAUCCAGAGUAUUUGAGUGGGAGGCAGAGCAGUGCCCGGAUGGUGGCCUCUGGGGUGCACGUCAGUGGUCACCAUCCUGAAGUCAAGCACACUGACUCUCCAUGUUCUGUGUUUCUUCUUCUGUGGAAUCUCUGCAGGCCAUGCUCACACCCCGAUGGCUUCCCAGGAGGGGCCAUGUUUUGGGGAGACUGGGAGUGGAAAGAUGCAAAUGAGUGGCCCCAGGUAGCCAGAAGAGAAUGUGGUCUCUUCCUGUGACUUCAGGAGACUGAGGGUUCACCCUGCCUGCAAAGCAGGUAGAGCAGCACAGCCAGGCUUUGUUAUUAGCCCCACAUACCAGAGGAUUCGUCCCGAGGUCUCUCCACAGAGGCCACACAGCUUGACCAGACCCUGAGAGGACUUUCUCUUCCACCACCUCCUUCCAUGCCAGUCCUGCAGGCCAGGGGUCCUCCACUGGCCAACACCCACCCACCCACCCUGCAGAGAACACGCAGGAAAACCCAGCCCACGUUCAGAAAAAAAAUGCCAAACUGGUUCUCUUUUUAGAAAUCAGUCAUUGUAGUAACUGAAAAAAAUUGUAGUGAAGGAAAGAAGAGUGACAGAGAUGAAGUGAUCAGUGCCAUGGGCUGUGUCCGGCUGAACAGUCUGUCGCCAUGGGCCCAGCGGGUUCCUCCUACUUUUGUUCUCUGGGAGAAAAUUAAGACCCAGACAAAAGUGGUGGGAUAGGUUAGACGUCUCAGCGACUGUGUGGCUCAUCCCAGGAGAAUUUUAUUCUGGGUUAAGGAGGAGAGGUGGGGAGGUCUGAGAAGUGGAGGGAAGGACCAUUGUGUUGCCCCGUGCUGUCCUGCGUCUGCGACUAGCCGAUUCCUUCAGCUUUGUGAAGUCCCUGCUGUGUGGGGUCGGAUGUCCACGACCAGCAGCCACACGGGUCCCACCUCCAUCCCUGACUGUCUAGCUCACCACGUGUAUACAGUGCUAUUUGCAGUUUCACCCAUGAGCCAUCUCUGUCCCCCCAGGAUGUAAAAUGCCAAGUCUCCACUGUGCUGUCACGUGUGGUCCUGUCCGCUGCCUUUGUAGGCUCAGUAGCCAUCACAAAGGCCUAGAGGGCCUGGGCAGGCUUGACCUACCCCUGUAGCAAUACCAAGUGCUAUUACAUAAUCAAUGGACAAUUUUAUUUUUUAUGAUUGUUUCUAUAUUGCUGUUAGAAAAAGUGAAAUAAAAAAUUUCAAAAGAAAAUAUCCAUAU